AUGAAAUCAAGUGUUUUUGACUUUAAUACUCCGCCCCCGUUCAUACUAUGUCCUCCAGACAUAAGAACGGAAUUACCGGAAAAUAAAUUUACGGUUUUUAUAAAAAUACCACAACCGAAAUCAAACGUCGAUUGGUGGAAUUAUGUGGAUUCACAUCCAUCGUGGGCGAAACGCCUCGAGGGAGAUUUUCCAAUCGGCGUCACAUCCAUCAUGUUUCACGCUCGGAGUCCCGUGUCUAAUUUAACGGCUGCAUGCAGGUUUCAGGUUCACGUUUUCGAUAAUGAAAAACCGAAAGUCAACAAUUGUCCGGAAUCAUUCGAAGUGACGAUUUCUAGUAAAGAAAUAAGUAAAGUCAUUACGUGGAAAGAACCAACGUUUACGGACAAUGUGAGAAUCGAACACGUAUACAAAUCAAAGGAACCCGGAACGAGGUUUAAUGUUGGCAGACAUCAUAUUAGAUACGUGGCAACGGAUCCCUCGGGAAAUCAAGUGACUUGUCAUUUCGGAAUAACGGUUAAAAGUGGGGAAAAUACGGACGUCGGAACGAAAUCAACGAAAAUCGGAAGGAAUUUUAUUAAAAAAUUAAUUGUCUGCCCUCAUUUGGUAUCCGAUGAACAAUUAAUGCCUUCUUAUUUGGUUUCGACGAGAUGCGUCGUACAAAGACAACAUUUAACGCGUGUCAUGGCGGAAUAUCCGGUUCAAGUUUACCAACAUCAUAGAGUACGUCAUCAUCACGAUCGCGUCAUAACAGCAUCGUCGCGUACGAAUCAUCAUCAUCAUCGAUUGACAACUUCAUUUCCGAGACGAGAUUUCAUGAAAGACGAACCUCACACACGUACCGGAGGUAAAAGAAACGACAGCAAAAUGACGGGGGGAUCGAGAGAUGUCGUGUUGAAAAUAAGAGGUGGUGUGCGCGACAACAGCAGCACCGUCACACUCGACACUCGGUCGCUCAUCGAACAGAAAACUCACGACAGAGACGUGGCGAGAUGGGAAAACGCGGUUAAAAAUCAUCAGAUGCAAAGCAAACCCGCACCGUCGGAGUCGAAUCCGAAAGACAACGUCAGGUUAUUGGAAUACGAGAGCAAAAGACGACAGGAAGAGGAAAGAAUGAGGAGACACGAAUUGGAAAUGAAAAGAUGGAGAGAAGACAUGAGAAAAUAUCACAUGGAAAUGAAAAGAUUACAAGAGGAUUCUAGAAGAUAUCGUGCCGGAUAA